GAAGUCUCGUGUUUAAAAUAUUUUCUUCUGGAAAACAAACGCUUGAAGAGUUCUUUUAUUAUUAACUUCCAGAAACCGAAUGGACGAAUCUUCUAUUAAUCUCGAUAAAUUGGAAACAUUGCUGGAGGGAUUUCACAAUGACGGAAACUACAUUCAUGGCUAUGUGACUAACGAGACGAGUGUUCACAACGCAGUGGAAAUAUACAGACGCGUCACCGCCACAACGUUCAGUGUGAGAACGUCAACCCCCCUUAACUUUGAGCCAAAUAAGGCUGAGAAGGGGAGGUUCAGCACCCGUUCAAUCAAGUUCACCAAAUCCAGCUGUCCGAACCUUAAUGAGGAUGGAGUUCCCUUCAUGCACGGGGGCAGGAAAAUUCUGGAAUGCCAGUUCGGUCCGAAACGGGAGCAUGAAAAAAAGAGCAACAAGGACGAGAGCCUCACAGUGCCUGAACUUCAGAAAUCGGAAGACAUGGAGCAUGAUUAUACACCAGCCUGCGGACCAGUGGCUAAAAGAAAACGGCUCAACAGUCGGGGCACAAGAAAGAAGGGGUGUCAGGCUAAGAUUAGCAUUGUGCAGGUGUGCAGGUUCCCUGAGUACGCUGUAACCAGGAACAAGUGCAUCAGCAUACAACAGAUCCAGCUAAAGGAAAGACUGCUGCAAGACCUGAACGAUGGGAAGGAGGUGAAGGUCGAGAACAGGUUCUACAUUGACCUGCCGCUCGAAAAGGCCCACUGCAAUCACCCGCUGGGGGGCGUGUCGGGAAUGACUCAGACUGUACACCCACAAAUAAUCCAGUGGAUUGACCAGCUGGUGGGGGAGGGAAUGACCGACGCCCUGGAGAUACAAGCAAAGCUGAGACACUUCGUGAACACCAGGAUGUCGGACACCGCCGCCCCCAAUUUGCUUGACAGGGGGUAUUACCCCAAGCUGCGAGACAUUAAGAACCACAUCUACAGGGCCAAAGUGAGACGCCGCAUCAUCAAGCUGGGCCGCGAUGACAUCACAGAGCUGGGCCAAGACCACAUCACGAAUAUCGCCUGCGAAGAGGUUGCGGAACUGGACAAAGAUGUGUACACCGAGGAACAGCAGGUCGAGCCAGAUGACUGUGCAGCUGCAAUACUGACAGAACAGUGCGCAGUGUGUGCUGACAGUGACGGCGCCAUCAUGAGGCAGAGGGCAGAAUUGCUUUUGGAACUGGAUAUGCUCAGACAUAUGGUGCACCAGUGCACAAACCUCCCUGCCCUGCAGAGACUGAUAGAAGACACAAAGGCAAUGCAGGAGAGGAUCCAGCCGCUUCUGGACGAGCCGUCAGAGGGAUGCACACCGUCCACUGCGUAA